UACUUAGCGGUUACCAGUGCGGGAGUAGCAUACUUAAUCGUGCUCGAGAAGGUCAACUUUGUGGGGGUAGCUAUUAUGAUAUGUCGGUUGUUCGUGACAAGUAUGCUCGACUGUCCACACUACUUAAGAAACCUUGUUUUAUAAACGUUGGUGGACUCUCGGUUACCCAUAAAGACCUUAUUGAUAUAGCGGACAGAACUCGUUUGUUACCUGGCAAGGCAAGUUAUUAUUUUAAAACUGAUCUACGGAGAAGUGGAGUAUAUUUAUGACACCAGCUAACUGUAAAUUCAGGUCGUAGAUAUUCUUAUGAGGGUUGUCCGAUCCACCUUCGAUAAUCAUUGUAUCGGUAAAGUGGACAUAAGUGCUGCGUUUCUGGACAGUCGGUUUGCAGCAUUGUUGUGUAGGAACCAUGCAAAAUUCAAGAAGCAAAAGAAUAAGGGUGCUUUCCUAUUCAGCAAGAGUCUAGUAGAUGGGCUCGCUAAUAGCUGUCAGGCUUUUACCCCUGGAACCCGUUUUUACUUUCCAAUAUGCAUCAGAAAAGAGCACUGGAUAGGAUUAUGUCUGGAUUUCAGUGCAUCAAAGCUUUAUGUUUUUGAUUGCAACCCUGACUUAAACGAGGAUUCUGCACUUCGGCAAUCUCUUCUGCCUAUCUCAGAAAUGUUUCCUCUACUGGUAAAACAAUCUUCCAUAUCUAUUGCGGGUGUUGAUACUCCCCUGAUUGUAGAAAGGAUUCAAGGUGUUGCCAAGAAUGAAAACCCUGGCGAAGCGGCUAUCACAGCAACCCUCCUGAUUCAAACACAUUCCUUGUUUGGUUCUGACCCAUGCCGUGGGAUAACUCCGUCAAUUAUCACCGAUGAAGCACAUAGAGCGGCUGUUAUGAUAUACGAGUUUCAUGCCAAGUUGUAGGACGACUUUCUUUUUUACUGAGGAUCUAAUAUUAUAUGUUACUGCUAUGUAAUGCUU